AUGGCCGUUGCUGGACCCGCGGUGGCUAGGCAGCCGUUGAUCCCACCCGUUGCAGUCCAGCCCGGCGUGGAGCAGUUGGACAGUCCAGCAAUCAUCCCAGAUGCCUCUGUUUUCCCUUCUGCUACCUUUAUCAAACCGCGGAUUGAUGCCCGGAAGCGCCGGAUGCCAUGUAUCAUCGCACAUAGAGGAUUCAAGGCCAAAUAUCCGGAGAACUCGAUGCUUGCGUUUGACGAGGCUUUGAAGGCAGGUGCCCAAGCUCUUGAAACGGAUGUCCACAUCACUCAGGAUGAUAUCGUUGUUUUGAGCCACGAUCCAACCUUGUCGAGAUGUUUUGGCCAAAAAGACAAAAUCAUCGACAAGACUUGGGAUGAGAUUAAAGACCUCCAGACUGUUGCCCAACCACAUGUUACUAUGCCCAGGCUGAAGGAUUUGCUCGAAUAUCUAGCCCGGCCAGGAAUGGAKGAGAUCUGGCUCUUGCUUGAUAUCAAGCUCGAUAACAAUGCGGACGAUAUAAUGCGAUUGAUAGCGUCUACCAUCGCGAGUGUCAGCCCCUCGCCGAAACGGCGGUGGGACGAACGAAUUGUGCUAGGCUGCUGGGCCGCGAAAUAUCUCCCACUCGCAUCGAAAUACUCGCCCCAUUUCCCGGUCAUGCAUAUUGGAUUCAAGCUAAGUUAUGCACGACAUUUCUUCAGCAUAGAUAACAUUGGGUUCAAUAUGCUACUUCCCAUUCUCAUGGCUCCGGGCGGCAGGAAAUUCAUUCGGGAGUGCCAGGACGAAUACCAUCGGCCAAUUUUGGCAUGGACCGUCAACGACAAGGACAAAAUGGAAUGGUGCGUGCGCCGGAGACUGGAUGGAGUAAUCACGGACGAUCCAAGCAUGUUUAUGGAUGUAUGUGAGAAGCACGACGAGUACAGCAAGGAGCCCCUGAUCCCCCUUGGUUUCUGGUCUUGCAUUCAGUUGCUCCAGAGUUAUGUCAUGAUCACCUGCCUGUGCUUCUUCCUCCGACGAAGAUUCAGCCCAAUAGCUAGCCCAGCGCUGCUACCGAAGGACUCGAAGUGA